AUGGCCGACAUCUCGACUCAGCAAAGACCGUCACCGAACCGUCGCCGUCGAGGCAAAAAUCAGGUUCAGCAUUCCGUUCAGAAGGCCUACGCCUCUGAGAAUGAUGCUGCUGCCUUUGAGUCGUCGCAUUAUGGGGUCGCGCCUCAAACCCCAAGCAAGACAAGUUAUACGUCUCCCGGCCCGAAAUCGAACCAAGCCACCAAUGCCAAACAGCGGAUGAAGAUCAAGACGGCCAGGCAGAAGAAUGCGGGCACCACCACCUCGCCAGAGCCUGACCAUCCCAGCCAUACAACCCCUCAGCGACCGGCUUCGCUCAAGCCGGCUUUCGCUGGAGCUACCUUCCACGCUUCCCCGGCGCCUUCUGCACUGCCAAUUCCGAGCUUCUUGGCAAAGCCUCCCAUCGACUCACCGGCAGCGAAAGAAGAGGAGCCGGCAUUUGUUCAGCAACAGCCUUCGCCUCCUACUACUGAUAAUGAACUCCCCACCCCUCAUCGCCCAUCUCCUGCUGCUAAGGCGAGCGAAUCGCCUUUGGAUUUCAUGUUUCGCGCUCAUCGCCAGGAGAAGGAGAGAGAGCGUCACGGGCAGAGUCCCAAUGUGUUCAAUGCUGCUACCCCACCCUCGUUCUCUUCCCCAUUGGUUCCUAAAACAUCCUCUCAGCUUCCCACUCGCUCAACUCCCACCAACCGAGCCUCCCAUGGAAUCGAUUAUGAUGAGCUGAAUGGCACAUCUGGACAACCUGUUGGGCCAGCCUUUUCAACGCCCUACCAAGAUCGGAUUAAGGCUGCUCGAUCGGGACCGAACCGUCCUGCACCCAUUCAGCAUCAAGUUUUGUCGUCGAAUGAACCCAUCGAAGACCCUACCGAAGCAUUGAAAAAAUUCCUCUUCGGUGGACAUAUGGCAUCUCCAACCAACCCCUCUCCACUUGGGGGAACUCCUCCCGCGCCCGCCCAUCCGCAUGCUGGAUUUUCUCCCCGACCAGCUCCCGUCAACAACUCACCGCAUGCUGGGCAUCAAACCCAUACUAUUCAAGCAAUGGAAAACGAUCUUCGUCGAAUUUUGAAGCUCGAUAACGCGGUUGAUUCGCCUUCGACGGAACGCCGUCUGUUUACACAAUAA